AUGUCGUGGGAAUCUUGUUUCCUGUUCAUUCCUCAAACUGGGUUCUCAUCAUCACUCAUCAUGAACUCCAAAACUUUCAUCCUUUUUCUCAUCUUGGUCUCUGUGAUCUCUUUCUUUCUCUCUCCGGGUGGACUCGCCUGGGCUCUCUCCAUAUCCCGAGUAGCUCAUCACAAAGCCGCCAUUCCCGGACCUUCCGGUCUUCCUUUCCUCGGCUUACUCUUCACCUUCACCGGCUCCAGUUUACCACACAGACUUCUCUCUCACUACUCCAAAACCUUCGGAGCAAAGCCUUUAAUGGCAUUCUCCGUCGGGCUCACCCGUUUCGUCGUCUCGAGCCAACCCGAGACGGCGAAAGAGCUUCUGAACAGCUCGGACUUCGCCGAUCGGCCGGUGAAGGAAUCGGCCUACGAGCUUCUCUUCCACCGAGCCAUGGGGUUCGCUCCGUACGGAGACUACUGGAGGAGCCUGCGGAGAAUCUCGGCGACUCACCUGUUCAGCCCGCGGCGCCUCGCCGGCUUUGGGGUUUUUCGGCGGGAAAUAGGCCUGAAAAUGGUUGAGGAAAUUAGGGUUUUGAUGGGGAGAUCAGGUGAAGGGGUUGAGGUUAGGAAAGUGUUGCAUUUUGGGUCGCUAAACAAUGUGAUGAUGAGUGUGUUUGGGAAGAGUUAUGAGUUUGGGAGUGAGGGCUUUUGUGAGCUUGACAAGUUGGUGAGAGAAGGGUAUGAUUUGCUUGGGGUUUUCAAUUGGAGUGACCAUUUUCCUUUUUUGGGUUUGUUGGAUUUGCAAGGUGUGAGAAAAAGGUGUAAGAAACUGGUGUUGAGAGUUAAUGAUUUUGUUGGGAAAAUCAUUGAAGAGCAUAGGAUUAAAAGGGACGUUGAUGAGAAUAUUAUUAGUGGAAAAGAAAAGGGCAAUAAUAAUAUUUGUGAGAGUGGAGAUUUUGUUGACGUGUUGCUUGAUUUGGAGAAGGAAAACAAGCUCAGUAACUCUGAUAUGAUUGCUGUUUUAUGGGAGAUGAUAUUCAGAGGGACAGACACAGUGGCAAUCCUCCUAGAGUGGAUCCUGGCAAGAAUGAUCCUCCAUCCAGAUAUCCAAUCCAAGGUCCAAUCUGAAAUCGAUGCCGUCGUCGGAACCCACCGAUCCGUCUCCAAUUCCGACCUCCCAAACCUCCCUUACCUCCAAGCCGUAGUCAAGGAAACCCUAAGGCUCCACCCGCCGGGUCCACUCCUCUCCUGGGCCCGGCUCGCCAUCCACGACACCCGAAUGGGCGAACACUUCAUCCCCGCCGGCACGACGGCGAUCGUGAACAUGUGGUCGAUAACCCACGACGACCGGGUCUGGCCCGAACCGGAUAAAUUCAACCCUGAACGGUUCAUGGAAGAAGAUGUCGUCAUUAUGGGGUGUGAUCUUAGGUUGGCUCCUUUUGGGUCAGGAAGAAGGGUUUGUCCAGGCAAGGCCAUGGGCGUAGCCACGGUUGAACUGUGGCUCGCUCAGCUACUCCAAACCUUCAAGUGGGUCCCUCUUGAUGAUCAUAAUCAUGGUGUGGACUUGUCUGAGACAUUGAAACUUUCCUUGGAAAUGAAGCAAUCUUUGGUCUGCAAGGCUCUUCCUAGGGUUUCCUGAUCAUGAAUAUUAAAUCUCUGUUUCCUGGUUUUUUUGUUUUUUUGUUUUUUGUUUUUUUUCUGUUUUUUCCUUUUGGGGUUUGUUAUAGCAGUUUAUUAAGUGUUAACUUGGAUAUAAUCAGGAGAUAUGUUUGGGAUUUCAAAUCCUACAUAGAAAAGGGUUUUAUGGGUGUUAUUUAUAACUAGGAAAAUUACUUUUGGGUCUUCUGGGUGCUACUUUGCAGCAUAUUAAGCAAUAUAUUUUGUUUGUUCUUGUGGAAAUUAUGUAAUA